AUGUGCUGCGCUAGACUUUUUACGGCAAGCAACCUCCACAAUUGGGACCUCCCCGGUAAUCAACUCCCGGUAUCUUCCAAACAUCUCCCACUCUCUUCAUCUCUUGGGCCCUUCCCCUCUUUUUAUCACUUGCGAGAGUCUCCCCCUUUCCCCUUUAUCUAUUCAUUUAUUUUGAAUAGCUUUUGCACAAUCGGCACUCUGAUGGCGUCCUGCCCAAUUCCAACCCCUAGUCCUCCAGGUACCCCGGGCAUCCAUCCACCUACGCCCACUAAACGUUCAACAGGGCUUGGGAUCGAAGACCUGCCCUCGCUACUAAACUCUUCCUUUGACCCGAACGCUCUUUCGCCCUUGGACAAUUGCCCCUCGUUUCCGGGGUAUUCUUCCUCACCAGCUGUUUCAACCCCGCCGAAUGGAUCUGCUGUGGCAGCACGAAGGGGCUCUGGGAACCAUGGCCCUUUCAAUUUUCAGCCCAUGGCAGCCUCCAAAUCACCGCCUGUUCCUAAACCCAACCAGCGACGUGGACAUAGGUACAAGCAUUCGUCCAUUUCACACCAAAUAUUCCUAGAGCCUCCGGUCAGAGCGCCACUCGCUCUUCCAUCCAGUCUGCCAAUACCUACCAGAAAAGAGUUGAUACGCUCAAUAUCCCCCGAACAACGUAAACGACUACUAUGGUGCCUCUGCCACCUUUGUGCAGCCGGUUUCACUUUGUACAGUGCUCAAGGAUCAUUGGCCCUGACAGCAUUGAGCCACUUGAUCAUGUUUGAUGCCCUAGGAGCUAGCUUGUGUGUUGCUGUGGAUGUAUUGUCAAACUUUGAGGUUUGGAAGAGGAGCAGUGUUAAGCAUCCAUUUGGUUUGGAAAGAGCUGAAGUUCUUGCUGGUUUUGCUAUGUCCGUAUUCUUGCUCUUCAUGGGCUUCGACAUCAUAUCGCAUACGGCUGAGCACCUGGUGGAAGGAUUUUAUGAAGGAAGCGGAGGACAUGAUGGGGCUGUUGAGCACGAGGUACACGUCCAUGAAGCGCACAUGCACCAUGCACGGGUCUCCCCUGGAAGUGUGGACCUGGCAUCACUAGCAGCACUGAUAUCGACUUGUAUCUCUGCGAUCCUUCUCAGAAAUCAUGCCAGGAUAGGCAAAGCCAUGCGUUUUGCUGCCCUUGAUUCUCUACCCUCGAUUCUUUCUAACCCCUCACACUUUCUUACCAUUUUCUGCUCGUUUAUCCUCCUUCUCAUCCCACUCAUAUCUAUUCAUAUGUCUGCCUGGCUCGACCGUGCUCUUGCGCUAUCUAUGGCACUCUGUAUGAUUGCUAUCGGAGUCCGGCUUGUCAAGACGCUUGGCUCAAUGCUGCUCAUGUCUUAUGGGGGCAAGGGUGUGUCGGACGUUGUGCGAGAAAUUGAGGAAGAUGCAGCCAUCACUGGGAUCCAAGAGGCAAGGUUCUGGCAAGUUCAUCAUGGACUUUGCAUGGCAAACCUUAAAGUAAACGUGGGCGGAUCAGUUAUUGGAGAGAGCGGCGAACUAAGGGUCAGGGAGAGAAUUACAAGAUUAGUCAGGGAUCGCCUCGGUGGCGGGUAUGGAAAGGGAGCGCAGAGGUGGGAGGUUUCUGUUGCUCUGCACGCUACAGGAUAGUUCUACAUUGGUUGGUCGUGUUUUCUUUCUUUUUCUACGAGUAAUGUCAUCUAUAGUGUUUGUAAGCAACUUUUUCAGAUCACGGCCAAACAUUAUAUAGUGCAAAGCGACUCAAUCGUGGUCCUCAAAACAGGCAAACCCGAAAUUGAACUAGUCAACAACAAAAAGGAAUAAUAAAAAAAAAAAAAUCAGCGAGGAAGACAUUCAAGAGG